AUGUCCAACCAAGAACCCCCCUCCCUGUGGGACCGUGCAUGCGUAUAUGUUCAAGUCAAGCUUCUUCGCUGGGCUAUAUGGUUUGGGAACCUGGGGAAGCCAACCACACCAGCACCAUUUCCACCGUCUCGUCAGGCUUUCAUUCGUUCGUCCGAUGGCAAGCGGCGCAUCAAGUUGCUCUUCUUCGAUCCGCCCAAUUCCAAUCCCGGUCCGAAGCCAGUCUACAUCAACUUUCACGGCUCUGGUUUCAUCCAGCCUUCACUUGGCAUAGAUGGACGCAUGCUCACAUACAUUGCGCGUGAAGUCGGCUGUAUUGUCAUCGACGGCGACUAUCGCAAGGCACCGGAGCAUCCGUUUCCCGCAGCAUACGAUGACGCCUAUCGCAUGGUCUCCUGGAUGUUGGAGAAUGCCGAUCGCCUGUUCGACGUCGAUCGGGUGGCUGUUGGUGGUGUGUCGGCUGGGGGAAGCCUCGCUCUAGCAGUGACGGCCAACAUGCCACCGAACACGAUUAAAGGCGUGUCAGUCAUCGGGCGAACUCGACCGAUCGGGCCCCAUCCCUCUCGCCAUUGGGAGAUGAUGCGCUCAGCCUACCUCGGCAAGUACAUGAAUACCAAGGAUGCACGGCUCAGCCCGAAAUUCGGAGACAUCACGCGAUUUCCUGGCGGACAAACCGUGUUCAUCGCUUCCGCGGAAUAUGAUUAUCUGGAUGCGGAAGCCCAAGAAUUCAGGGAUUUGUUAGUCAAGUCCGGGAAGGAACCUCUCUAUAUGCAUGUGGAGGGCAUGGGUCAUGGCUAUGUGAUGACCGACAAGAGCGACACUGCGGCUGCGAAGAAGAGAGACGAGACCUUUGCUAUGGCUGCAGAGGCUCUUAAACGAGCCUUUGGUUUGUAA